UCCACAUAUUAGCUUUAUUUAUUAUUUUUGAAUUAUUAUCAAAUGCAGGUUCACAGGGACGAAAGAAAAAUAUGCUAGAAAAUAUAUGUCUAAUCGUGACACGCAAUAAAAAUUAACUAUCCGUAAAAUGGAAUUACGCUUCAGUGCACAUCUAUCCUAGUUUAUUUAGGAUAGAAAUAUACUAGAUUGUUGAAUAACCCGUGGCAGUGAACUAAAGAACUUCAUAAAAAAAACUGACUCUAAUCUAGAAUCAAUUCAACCUAUUAGGUCUGCAAUGGAAGAAUCUGAAAAAUGAACUCAAUUUCUGAUAAUCCACAUGGGCAGAUCAUGGGUAGGUGAGUGAAGUAAGAAAAAUUUCAUUAUCAAUUGUAGCGAAACUGAUGCCGAAGAUUUCACAAGAAAAAAAAAAUACAUUUCAUCAAAAACCUAUAUAUGCCAAAGUCUAUUGGUGUGUAUCUGUAUCACUCUACAAUUACCAAACAUAUAAUGUAACAUAACAGGUAGUCUAUUGUUUGGAACUUUCAGGAAAGAUAUCAAGACAUUCGCCAAGUUAGAGCAACCAGUUUGGGACACGAGGUAUAACUCAAUUAAGAUAAAUUUCUGCUGUAAAAAUUAUUCCCAGCCAUAACAAGUUGUUAAAAUUUGAGUGACGAGAUAAAAUGUUAAAAGUGAAAGAUUACCUUAAUUUAAGAUUGAUUAAUCACAUCGAAAAAUGGAUUGAUUUGCGAAAUUUUCAGUGCAUGAUUUUAUUUAGUUGAAUAAUAAAGUGAUGAAAAUGGCACUAAAAACGAUGGGAAACGACACAAACUACACACCAUCGUGGAGGUUUUGGAAGCAAAAAAGAUACAUCCUAGCCUUCCUAGUGUUUUUAGGCUAUUUUAACAUUUAUGCCUUGAGGGUUAACAUGAACAUCACCAUAGUGGCUAUGACGCAAAAUAGAUUCACUAAACUUGAAAAUGGAACUGUAUUGAACAUAGGUCCCGAAUUUAAUUGGGACAACAAAAUCCAAGGCUACAUCCUAAGCUCGUUUUUUUACGGUUAUUGUAUGACCCAACUGCUUGGAGGCAUUUUAGGAAGAAAGUUCGGAGGAAAACUAAUUUUUGGAGCUGGUAUUGCCAGUACGUCCGCAUUUUCUUUAAUAACACCAUGGCUGACUGAUAUAAACGUUUACGUGCUUAUAAUUUCCAGAGUUUUAGCCGGAAUUUUCGAAGGUACCACUUAUGGUGCAUUAUACACAAUAUGGGCCAAGUGGAUACCGCCCACAGAGAAAACCAGGAUAGCUUCGCAAGCGCAAUCAGGCAGCUACACCGGAGCAGUAUUUUCAAUGAUAUUUUUUGCCUACCUUACCGAAACAGCUGGCUGGAGAGCUGUAUUUUGGUUUUCUGGUGUAUCAGGUUUGCUGUGGUUCUCCGCUUGGCUGUAUUUUGUAUCUGAAUCACCGGAAACCAAUUCGCAUAUUUCUGAGGAAGAGCUAAAAUAUAUUCAAAUGUCUUUGCAAACUAUCAAAGCAACUGAAGAGCACGAGGUGCCUUGGAAAAGCAUCUUUAGUUCUAGAGCUGUUUGGGCGCUGAUUGCAAUUUUAUGUUGCGACACUUGGGGAUUUUAUACUCUGUUGACUUUGUUGCCUAAGUAUUUUAAAGAUGUGUUCAAAUUUGAUAUAACCACUUCUGGGGUACUCUCAGCACUGCCUUAUAUGUUUAUAGCGAUUAUGACGCAAGUCAGCGGUCAAUUUUCCGACUUAAUGAUUAGGAAAAAAUGGUGGUCGGUGACUCAAACCAGAAAAAUAUUUUCUGGCGUGGGUGUGCUUGUGCAAGCAGCUUUUAUGAUGGGAGCUGCUUACUGGCGAAAUACUGCUGGUAAUGAAUUUUGCUUGGUGAUGGCUGUGGGUUUCGGUGCUCUAUCGAUCACAACAGUGUGUGCAAACUGUUUGGAUAUCGCUCCCAAACUUUCGGGCGUGGUGUUCGGAAUGGUCAAUACCUUUGGUACUUUGCCUGGCAUUGUGAGCCCUAUUAUUGCUGGAUAUCUCGUGUCUUUUGAAAAUCCGACACUGGAACAAUGGAGAGUCAUGUUUUACAUAACGGCAGGUCUUUAUGUGUUGGGCUUCGUCAUCUACACGCUUUUUGGUUCUGGAGAUAGAGAAUUUUGGGACCACCAACCUGAGGAUCAGAAGAUAAAAGACAGAAAUCCGGAAACAAAAUAAUUGAAACGUUAUCAAAAUAACUAUCCGCAUCUUAUAAGUACCUACAUAUUAAGCCUGUUUUACAUCUGUGUAUUUUUCCGUGAAUUUCUUCAUGUAGGUAGUUCAGGGUAACAACCGAAAAACUUCAAACGCAACAUAAAUCAGCAUUAUGAAAAACAAAAUAAUUUUGGCACCCUGAACUACAUGAAGAAAUACACAGAAACAUACACAGAUGUAUCUAAUACGGGCUUAAGGUUAUAAUGGAUGAGUCGUCGGUAAUAGCGAAGUGAGCUUGUGAGAGGCCAAAAAAUAUAAUAGAACGAGUGUAUUGAAAUUUUAAUUUUUUUUUUAAAUAAAUUUUCUUUGUUAUCGGCA